CUCCAAUACCCAUUUAUUUCUUCCCCCCUCCUUCCUCUUCAACCUCUAAGCCAUGUCAACCCACCGUAGUUUACCGAAAAGCGGUAGUGGUCAUUUUCAUAAUGGCGACAGCGAUGAAGAGAUGAUCCUUCCGCCAAAUGCCAACGAAACAACGUCCCUCAUGAUACCAGACGACAGCAUUCCUCGUUAUAUGACUGCCUCACCUAUACCUUCAGCGCGUAUUUACAACGAUUCUAUUCCCAAAGACAAUUGGAUCCUCUUCAAGGUCCGUUCAAAGUAUUAUCUUCCGAUUCUCCAGUGGCUCCCACUCUAUAAUAGCAAUCUUCUUUUGGGAGAUCUUAUCGCAGGCCUCACUUUAUCCUGUCUCUUGAUUCCACAAGGUCUAUCUUAUGCCACAGCUCUCUGUAAAAUUGAUGCAGUUCAUGGCCUGUACGCCAUCGCAUUUCCUGCAAUAACCUAUGCUAUAUUUGGAAUGUCACGUCAAAUGUCUGUGGGUCCAGAAGCAACCCUGUCACUCCUAGUCGGAUCCUCGAUUGCCCAGCAACAAAACAGCAGCUUACCCGGAGACUAUGCAAUCGACCCCUUGGCCUGGGCAUGUCUGAUGACACUUUUUGUCGGCUUAUUCACCUUUUUACUCGGCCUGUUCCGUCUUGGCUUCCUUGAUAGUCUGAUGAGCCGUGCUCUUUUGCGGGGUUUUAUCACAGGUGUGGCACUGGUGGUCAUGCUGCAACAAAGCAUCACUUUACUAGGUCUAGUCAAGAUCAGUGAGGAAGCCGGUAUUUCCGAGGCAUCUUCUAGCAUCGAUCGAUUCUUUUUCUUGAUCAGACAUUGCAAUGAAGCCCAUGUACUUACCGCCAAAGUGUCUGCUGUCUCGGUUGCCUUUUUGCUGGGAAUGAGAGUAGCAAAAUCAAAGCUACCAAAAUACAAGUGGAUCCAGCUCUUCCCCGAAGUUCUGCUGACUGUAAUCGUUUCAAUUCUUCUGACAAACUAUUAUGAUUGGGAUCUUAAGGGUUUAGGAAUCUUGGGUGAUAUCCAGAGUGACGGUAUCCCAUGGCCGUCUAUUCCCCUGUUUCCUGCCAGAAAACACAUGAAGGAUCUGCUGGUAACAUCAGCAAUGAUUGCUGUGAUUGGAUUUGUAGAGUCUGUUGUUAUUGCAAAAACCUAUUCUAGCCGACACAACUAUUCCGUCAGUGCAAAUAGAGAACUUGUAGCCCUGGGUGUGGCCAACAUUGUGAGCGGUUUAUUCCAGGGAAUCCCUGCUUAUGGAUCCGUCGCACGUAGUAAGAUCAAUGAUAGAGCUGGUGCUCGUACACAGAUGGCAUGUAUGAUUGCAGGAAUUUUUGCUCUCCUUGCCAUCUUCUUCCUUUUGCCAUGUUUCUAUUAUCUUCCAAAGUCUGUACUUUCUGCCAUUAUUUUUGUGGCCGUUUUGUCUCUCUUGGCGGAACUUCCCGAAGAUUUGCAUUUCAUUUUCAAACUUGGUGCCUGGAGAGAUCUAGCCCUGUUAUCAAUCACCUUUUUGGCAACCAUUAUUAUUUCCCUUGAAUUUGGAACAAUGAUCGCAGUCACACUUUCUCUUAUCCUCACCAUCAAGGAAACAAGUUAUCCCCGUAUAUCAAUUAUGGGUCGUGUUAAAGGAACCAACAACAAAUUUAGACCUAUUAAAGAUGACCCAGAAGAAGUUGAGCAUCUGGAAGAUGUUUUGAUUAUCAAGGUUGAAGAACCUCUUUAUUUUGCCAACACAGGCCAAUUGAAGGAUCGUCUUCGUCGUCUGGAACAAUUUGGAGAUAUGUCUGUCCAUCCUUCUGAAAGUCCACGUCUAGGUGAAUCUUCAUACGCCAUCUUUGAUGUAGACAAUAUGCCAUACAUUGAUGCAAGUGCUGUUCAAAUUCUUUAUGAAAUUGUAGAAGCUUACCAUGCCAGAAAUGUCGAGGUUUAUUUUGUCCGCUUACGUGAAAAACCCAUGGAGCUCUUUGAGCGUUCUGGUUUACUUGAUCUUGUUGGUAAAGAUCACCUGUUUAGAAGAGUUCCGGAUGCUAUUGAAGAAAUAGAGAAGGAUAUGUUGAAUAGGGGUGUUGUUGUACAGUAGAAACAAAGCAAACCCACUUCUAUAAUCGUCUUUACCCAAGACCAGGCUUUAUUGUCAAGGGUAACUAUACAUAAGUAAUCAUAUAUGUCUAAGGACAUAAAAUAAACAUAUUCAUACUGUACCCACAAU